AUGUCUGCCUCCAAGUACGCCGAGAAGGGCCCUCCGUCCGACGGGUCCCCCACCGUCGUGGAUUCGCGGCCUCCCUCGGGCGACGACAUCCGUGACGGCACCACCGUCGUCACCACCGCCGGCUCUCAGGCUUUGCACCGCAAGCUCCGGGGCAAGGAGGUGCAGCUCUUUGCCAUUGGUGGAGCCAUUGGAACGUCCCUCUAUGUGCAGAUGGGUUCGGUCCUGCCCAAAGCCGGCCCUGCUGGUCUGUUCCUGGGCUUCGUCAUCUGGGGAAGCGUGAUGUGGGCAGUCAACGAAUGCUUCGCCGAAAUGGUCACCUACCUUCCUGUGCCCUCGCCCUUUGUCCGCUUCGGCGGCGAAUGGGUCGACGAGGCCCUUGGUUUUGCCAUGGCGUGGAACUUCUUCCUCAACAUGGCGUUCCUGGUACCCUUUGAGAUUGUCGCCAUGAACAUCAUGUUCUCCUUCUGGACAACCAACAUCCCCGUGGAAGCCAUCAUUGUCGCCAUGAUUGUGCUGUACGCGCUGCUCAAUGUCAUCACCGUGCGGUACUUUGGCGUGUCAGAAUUCUACCUGUCCAUCUUCAAGGUCGUCUUGAUGGUUGGGCUAUUCUUCUUCACUCUGAUCACAAUGUCCGGCGGCAACCCCCUGCACGAUGCUUAUGGAUUCCGAUUUUGGAACAACCCGGGCGCGUUUGUCGAGUACUCGUAUCCUGGCGACCUCGGCAGGUUCCUGGGUAUCUUCGCCUCCAUGUACCAGGCUAGCUUCUCGAUCUGCGGACCCGAAUACAUCUCCAUGGUUGCGGCCGAGACGGAAAACCCUCGCAAGAUCCUCCCUCCCGCCUUCAAGUCCUUCGUCUGGAGGAUUCUGUUCUUCUUCGUCGGCUCUGCGCUCUGCAUGGGCAUCGUGAUUCCGUACAACGACACGACCCUCCUCGCCAUCCUUGGCGGUGAGGCUGGCGGCAAGGGCACUGGUGCUGCUUCUCCAUACAUCAUCGCCAUGAACCGCCUGCAAAUCCCCUUCCUCCCGCACCUCGUCAACGCCCUGAUCAUGACCUCGAUCUUCAGCGCGGGCAACGGCCUGCUCUUCUCGGCCACGCGCGUCCUGCACGGCAUGUCCCUGACGGGGUACGCGCCCAAGGUCUUCUCCAAGUGCACCAAGGGCGGCGUGCCCGUGUAUGCCCUCGCCUUCGCGCUGUCCUUCUGCCUCCUCGCGUUCCUCCAGGCGAGCAGCUCCAGCGCCAAGGUGCUCACCUACCUCGUCGACCUCGUGACGUGCUGCCAGCUGCUCAACUACGGCUUCACCGCCUUCACGUACCGGCACUUCUACUCGGCCCUGAAGAAGCAAGGUAUCGACCGCGGCGCGCUGCCAUACAAGGGCCGCUUCCAGCCGUACACGUCGUACGUGGCCAUGGGCGGCACCGCCAUCAUGCUCUUCUUCAGCGGGUACUACCUCUUCACCGACGGCGGGUGGGACGUCAUGUGGUUCUUCCUCAACUACGGCAUGAUCAUCUUCUUCGUGCUCGCGGCCGGCGGGUGGAAGCUCCUCAAGAAGAGCCGCUACGUGAAGCCGGGCACUGCGGAUCUCUCGAUGGGCGGGCUCAAGGAGGAGAUUGACACGUACGAGGCGCUGCUUGUGCCGGGGCAGACUUCCAAGGUGUCCAAGUGGCUUGGGUUUGAGUAG